AUGCCGAAGUCAAAGGAACUGGUUUCUUCAAGCUCUUCUGGCAGCGAUUCCGACAGUGAAGUUGACAAAAAGUUAAAGAGGAAAAAGCAAGUUGUCUCAGAAAAGCCUGUGAAGAAGCAGAAGACCGGGGAGACGUCCAGAGCCCUGGCCUCCUCCGAGCAGAGCAGCAGCAGCCGGGACGACAACAUGUUCCAGAUUGGGAAAAUGAGGUAUGUCAGCGUCCGGGACUUUAAAGGGAAAGUCCUAAUUGAUAUCAGAGAAUAUUGGAUGGAUCUAGAAGGUGAAAUGAAACCAGGAAGAAAAGGUAUUUCCUUAAAUCCUGAGCAGUGGAGCCAGCUGAAGGAACAGAUUUCUGACAUUGACGAUGCAGUGAGAAAACUGUGA